AUGGUUGUUUGGAAUUGGGACACAACAGCCUCUGAGGCAUGGCAGAUCGGCGAAGACCUCUGGAAGUUCCGCCGGAAGCAAAAGGUGUGGUAUUGGGCCAUCUUUGGCGCUAUGCCUGGAACAGCGGUCUGGGAGGAGAAGAUGGCCAACAACGAGAAGGCGUCUCUUAACAACGAAUACCCUACGCCGCCUCCCAUCGUCCGUCCAGCCUUUCCGGUCAUGCUGGGGAAGUUGCAGGAGGCGAAUGAAACUCGUAUUGUGAAGGAGAAGGAAGGAGAUUCUCAAUGGCGGACUGGUCCUCGUUUCCUGGCCCGUGGCAGUCGGACGCUGACAGGCCCCUUAAUGUAG